ACUGCGGCAUUGAUACUUGACAGUGUUCGCCGGACCGCCACAGCGUGCAGACGUGUCGCGGCCUCACUCCACACAGCUCAGACAUACACGCGGAGCAAUCAACGAUCUGGGAAAUUAUUAGGAAAUCACAUUUGCAACACACGAAACGAACCAUCACGUGUAUGUUGAGAUUUAUCAAGCAAUUCUGCACCAUGAAACCACCGACAAAUGCCGCUUUACUGCACGAUGUCGACAUUCCAACGAAGAAGGCCACCUUCGGGAUGGGAUGCUUUUGGUCAAACGAUUCCCUCUUUGGAGUCACACCAGGCGUCAUACGGACUAGAGUGGGCUACUCUGGUGGAACAACGAAAAGCCCGCAUUAUAGAAACAUUGGAGACCACACGGAGGUGAUAGAAAUAGAUUUCGAUCCUAAGAGCGUCACGUAUGAAGACUUGUUGGAAAUGUUUUGGGCUAAUCACGAAUAUGGUCUAACAACUAAAUUGAAGAGACAGUACCAAUCAUUGAUAUUGUACCACGAUGAGGAGCAGCGAACAGCUGCUGAGGCGUCGCAUAAAGAGAUGCAAGUUCGUUGUAACGGACAAUUGAGGACUGAGAUUGCACCCGCAGGACCCUUCUACCCAGCUGAAGACUAUCACCAAAAAUAUAGAUUGCAAGGUCACAAAGAUUUGUGCCGCAGCCUUGGCCUAGAUUCUUCGAAAUUGCAAACGUCACAUUUGGCGGCCAGACUCAAUGGCUACCUAGUGGGAAUUGGCGGGAAAACUCAAUUUGAGCAAGAAGUAGUUCGAUUGGGUUUAACAGAGAAACAAACAGAAUAUGUGAGAAGAGAAUUAGAAAGAAACGAGGGUGGCGGUCUCGCUUGCUAAAUUUAUUUUUGGUAUUUUCAUAUAGAUAUACGAUUUAUUACAUUUCUCUCUAUCUGAUGAUUUGGUUAAUGGAUACAGAUUGCAGAAUGAGACUCAGGUGUAUAGAAACAUUUUUAAAAAGGUUGUUUUGUUUUUUUUUUGCGCAAUUAUCAGUGUCUUUAAUUACGAUGUAAUUGGAAAUGUUUUAUAGAUCUGAGUUAUAUAAAUUUCGCUUUUAAAUUAAUCAAGUAAAAUUACUCUCCUUGCGAAAUGGGAAAGUACUAAAGAGAUAUGAAAUAUCGUAAUUCGCCUCUGUAAUAUUUUAUCUUUUUGAUGGAAAUUUAAAAAAAUGUAGUAGUAUGCUUUAUUCUUUCCUCUUCUUACGCAAUGGCAAAGAAGAAAAAGUAUUUUAUACUUGUCCAUUCCAAAUCCUUUGCAGGGGAUUUUUGUUAAGUUUUCGUUCCUUUUUGUUUACUAUUUAAGUUAUUCAAUAUUUUAACAAAAUAAUUAAUGAAGAAGCAUGUGCUUUGAAUCUGAUAAGAAAAAAAUUUUAAAUUUAGAAUCAUUAUUUUUGAGACACGACGGUUGGAAAUGUGGUAACACUAAUAGAUUAUAUUUUUAAUAGUUAAGGGAUUUAUGUACACAUAACAUUAAAGUAUUUGUAAAAACGA